AUGAAUGGGCGUAAAACCUCGUUCAUUAGCCUCUGGAACAUACUGGGCGCAUUGGAGAGGCCAAAUGGUAUGACCUUCCACUCGUACAAGCCCUCCUUGAUCUUGAAGGUGGUCUUCCACUCGUCCCCUGGGCGUAUCCUGACCUGAUGAUAACCAGUGCGUAGAUCUAUCUUUGAAAAGAUAGUGGCUCCUGUCAUCAUGUCGAAUAAGUCUUGUAAUCGCGGGAUCGAAAAAUGGUAUUUAACCGUUAUCCUAUUGAUCGUGCGACUAUCGCAGCACAUGUGCCAAGUGCCAUCCUUCUUCGGCGCUAGUAAUGCAAGCAUGACGCAAGGACUAAGGCUCGACUGGAUGAGUCCCUUGUCCAAAAGCUCUUGUACCUGUCGGCUAAGCUCCUCGUACUUGGCUGGCUCCAUGCGAUAGUGCGGUAGGUUCGGGAGUGACGCUCUGAGAAUGAUGGCGAGCGGGACUCGUCUCCAUUAGCUCAGGAGACACCGGCAGUCCGAGUUCAGCCCGAACGACGUGUGAAGACGAAGGAGCCUGGCUUUUGCUACACGGCCUAG